AUGACCAAGUGUGAGAACAAUACAACGAAGGCACCGGAGCGCAAGAAGCUUGGAAUGCGGACGACGUCUGACAGACUUCCUUGGCUCAACACCAAGACUUCGCAGGCCGUGGCUGCAACGUUCACGGAUGGUCAGAACAGCACAACUGUGGAAAGCCCGUGCAGCUCGCCUGUAAAUGGUCACGAGAGCCCCAAACCGUCUCCAUCAUCAAGCACUCGACCUAGCGGCAAGGUAACUGUCGCGGCCACUAUUCAGCCUAUUAUCACGACCAGACCAAUGACACGAAGAAAUUCAUCGGUACCAGCAGGCGAACGUCGAGCUCCAUCAACAGCUACUAGUAGCCCAUCUCCAGUAACGAGACAUCGCCUCUCUCAGACACGUCGAUCUUCUUUGGCGACUAACACAGUAACUUCGUUGAGGCCGGCACAUCGAACGUCCACAUCGCAGUCACAUGAACCUCAAAAGAGGCUUUCUGUUGUAAACAUCAAACAAGAGGAUGACGAGCUGGGAGUCAACCAUUUCCACGAUGCUCGCCCUCGCGCUGACAGUCUCGCGCCGGUCCCGAAUCAUCUUCAGCAGUCCAGCACAUCAGACUGCACCAGCACGCCUCCGGCAGUCAUCUCUAGAGUUACAAUAUCUCCUACGCAGCCAGCACCAGUCCGCGUCACCUUUGAGCGGGCAGCAAAACGAAAGAUAAGCAACGCAGUAGAGGACUUGGAAGAUAUGGUACAGGAAGCUGCCGCGGUUGCAGAGAUUGCCGAUGAUCGGGGCCAAAUGGAAGAACUGUACACGAUUAUCGAGGGGGCGAGAGACGCCGUACACGACGCUACCACCGAACCGGAAUAUCUCAUGACGACUGCUCUUCCUCUGAAGGUGUCUGAAUCUUCUAGCUCGCCUUCUCGCACUCACAACAUACCACCGGUUGUCGUUGAUCGGACUAAUCUAGAUGAUAUCGCCCCCGACGUCCGCCUGCAUGCUGACCUACCAAGAGCCUCAGUGUCUUACGACCGGGCCUACUCGGAUCAGAAUACGCGAAAAGAAAGCAGUUCUUUUACGUCGUCAUGUUCGUUCGGCGACCGCAAAAGCGAACGAGACCACCUCCAUGCCGAUCUGCUUCUGCCCAAGCUCGCUCAGCCAGCUCCGAGAGAACAUGUUGAUUUUGUCCUUCGUCCUGUGGGUCAAGAUGAGUCUCGCGGUCGCUCUCGCCGACGUCACUACGGUGAUUCCACAAGGCAUCGACAUCGGCGCCACCACAGCCCAGAGCUUGUUUGUCGACCUAAGCCCCGGCCCGAGCCAAGAGAUUCAGGCUUCGGGGAAACUGAGUGCUCAUUCGACGAGGAUGAUGUACCAUCGAAACCAUAUGGCGGCGAACUCACGGUACGGGAACAGGCACAUCAUCAUACGUUCAGUCUUCACCGUCACCACCAUAGACAACCAAUCGCGAGGAACUGGUCUACGGGCAAGAAGCGUCUGACUGCGAGUGUUGCAUGUAUCAACACAGCUUUACUUGGAAUCAUCGUUGGUAUCUACGCCGGUGAGGUACCUCGCAUUCAGUACUCUCUGGCGGACGAACGUCAUAUUACGAUUAUUGGCAAUGCGGUACUCUACGCUGGACUUGCUAUCUCGACUUUCUUUGCUUGGACAUUACCUCUCUUACACGGACGCAAGCCCUAUAUUCUCGCUUCUCUAGCCAUUGCCUUGCCACUUCAGUUCCCUCAAGCUAUUGUUGUAAGCGGAUACCACAAUAAAGAGGCAAAGUACCGUGUUGGGCUCUUGCUGUCGCGUGGUGUAUCUGGUCUCGUCCUCGGUUUCGCAAACGUCAAUUACAUUACUGUACUGCUUGACCUCUUCGGCGCUUCAUUACAGUCCAAGAAUCCUCACCAAGAGUUCUUUGUCGCAAAUGAUGUCCGCCGCCAUGGUGGAGGCAUGGGCAUGUGGCUGGGUAUCUGGUCAUGGUGCUGGAUCGCUUCCAUUGCUGUGGGCUUCCAGAUUGGCGCUGCGAUCAUCGACGAUUUCACACCAGAAUGGGGGUUCUACGUCACUGUUUUUAUUCUCGCUCUUGCCUUGGUUCUCAACAUCAUGACUUCGGAAACCCGACGCGCACCGUUUCGCAGAUCAGUGACCGAGGUGUACGACAGAGAUGAGAACUAUAUCACAAGGCGAGUGAGUAGGGGUGAGGUGAAGUUACACAUCGAGAGCGAGGGGCCAAAGUAUUGGUUUGAGGAAGUGUGGGCAGGUAUCAAACUCAUGACGAUGAUGCUUUGUCAACCUGGCUUCCUCGUCCUGGCGCUCUAUCUGGGAUGGAUCUACGCACAGGUGGUGCUCGUGAUUGUGCUUCUCGGUGCUCUCUUGUCGCGAGACUACCGAUGGAAGCCGACAAAGGUGGGCGCAGGCGUCAUAUCGAUAGCUAUUGGCGCUUUCCUCGCUAUUCCUCUAACGAAAGCCGGCAUCUUCUCUCGGGAGCGGAAGAGCGCGUUCCGGACCGACUCCAUGACUUUUCAGAAGCAAGUUACCUGGUCGAGCCAUCUUGUCCGCCGCGCCAUCUUCACGCUCACACUCCCUCUGAUGGGCAUGGCGUACACUAUCUCGUCGGCUAGGUGCCCUCAACCAUGGCUUGUACCGAUUAUCUUCGCUGGCGCUGUAGGAUUCCUCAGUAUCCUCGCUAUAGCCGAGUGCCACGGUCUGAUGAUGGAAACAUUCGACACGUGUGACCUGCAACCUGGAGUCAAUACGCGACAUCGCUUGCAAAGCAUGGCUGUCCAGGACCGCAGAAGAAGGACAAACUACACCUCCUUUCCCCGUGUCACUGCUGGUAUCUUCGCCAGCCAAAUCAUCGCUUUCGUCCUCGCCGCUGUCGCAACCAUGGUGGGCGGCAACAUGACGCGAAGUCUUGGCGCACAAAAGUCUACUGGUACUACGGCGGGUAUUCUCUUCGGCAUCACUGUUCUUCUCAUACUGGUCCUCUGUCGCUUCAAGUCGGUACAAGUCAUACCGAAUCACACGUUCGGAACCCGCCGCGAUACGGCAGCCUGGCAAGAGUUCAAAGACCUAGAAAAGGUCGGCCGGGGCAGUGACUGGAAAGCUGUUGUUAUUGGAAACCCGAGUGGUAAGAUGAGAAGGAUGAGUGUGCUUGAGUUGGGCGCGUUGAGUCGCUGGACUGAAAUUCGGAAACUGAACUUUUUGAUCAAAGGUGAGAUGUUGGGACAGCCCAAGGAGAAGAAGAGGAGUUUUGAUGGUAGUUGGUGAUUGUGUUGUGAGAAGAUUGUUUAGUACUGGAGAAGUGUUGAAUAACCUGAAGAUAGAGUAUGAGAGUGAAACCGGUAUUGUUCAUGAUAUAAGAAUCUACAAAUCUCUAGUGAAUGUGACCUCAUUGUGACUAGCACGGGAU